AUGUACUCCGUUGUUGAGUUCAUCAAUGGCAAGUCGGUCGACGUCGUAGCCAAGGCGUGGUUCUAUGAUAAGAACUGCGUUAUGUGGCUGAAAAAUGGCAGACGACGAAACAUUCUUCUCGAAAGGAAUGAGCCACCGCCGAGUGGGACGAAAGUAUAUCCUGUCAGGAGUUUAAAAGACAACCUGACUCUGGAUGCGGCCCGGCGGCUGGUACAUAGGGCCGAGGACACGUCGGACCUCUCCUUUUCGGAGCCCACGGAGUUGGGUCGAGGCUUUAGAAAGAAGUAGGUUUUACUUGUAAAUGAAAAUUUUUUGUAGAUUUGUCCGCAGAUUAACCUCUGAUUCGGAGGAUGAUGAGGACGAGAACAUAGCGGAACGACAGCCUGUAAGGCCGCCAGAUGGCCGUCGCCACCACCCAUACUUCAGUAAAUUGCAGUAAGUCUGAUGGUUUGUAGGCCAAGACUUGA